CUGGCCACCUCGUGACCACUGAUUUCAAGAAAUAGGGGUGACCUCUUGUUGCAAGAACAGUCCAAGCUACUAUAUAAAGAUGGUAAGUAACAAACAAAAAAGUUGUAUGAACUUUGUUUACAAAACUUUAGCUUUACUACAAUGAUAAAUGCUAGUACGCUGACAGCGAGGUGACAUUUCGUUCGCUUGUUGCCAGCAACCAACGCUUGCUUCUGCAAGUAGCUAACCUAACUUAUAACGUUAGCUAGCUAGCUACCGGGAACCAACUUUUGUAUCAAGUUCUAUACCUACGGUUCGACCAAGUUAAACAUGUUUGUAAAACGAUGUUGCAUGUGAUUCUUGUGUUAUGUUGUUUAAAGACAAGUUGGAAGGAAUACACUGGCUAAUUCAUUAGAAAGGAUUGUUGGAAAUGUGCCAGUCAACUUGGCACGUUUUAACAUCAUGUCGUUUCGACAGCUUGUGUAGUAUGCAAAUUUGUCCACAUAAAUUUGAAAAAGGUCCGAAAUGGGCAGAAUGUGUUAAUGUGGCCUAAUGUUAUCUAGCUGUCUAACUAUUGCAUGCGACUUUUUCUCCCCAGCAAAAUACAAUUGUUUUAUUUUGUGACUAUUUACGUUUGUAUGAAAGGGAUAAGGUUGAAUGAAUGUUAAAGAUGGUUUGUUACAGUAGCUAUAAAUAUCUCGGCUCAGAUGUCUCGAGGAGUGUGUUCUAUUUUUAAAUUGACCGUGGCUUACCUCUGAGUUAAUAAAUCCCACUCCGACAUUGUCCGGGCACGGAUCCCGGAUCCCAUUUGGAAUACCAUUGUUGGAGACAAACUCAAGUUCUAGCUAGGGUUCUAGUACAGUUAUCUCUAGUAUUGUAACUGACUGUCACUUAGUUACGAGUAAACUCCUAGCCAAUUCCUCAAAGGUAUCCCACUCACCUCAUUCCCAAUUAAUGUACACCUCAUUUUACCUGACUGUUUGUGUUGUUGACAGUGAGUGUUUUUCCUUUACAAGCUCACUGAUGUUACGUAACAUUGAUUCCUCAAACCCUCCCAAGUAAUGCACUACAUGGGGGCUUAGGGCAAGUUCACCUCCAAUAUUUUAAAAUGUGCCACUGAAAUUGCAGCGACAAAGGCCAAAAACCCCCCAAAAAACAGCGCCUGGUCGCAUUCUUUUGGCAACAAAUGGAAGAAAAUUAACUGAAACAGGGACUUACUACCUGAACUUGUUCAAAAAGAAAUGCACAUUUUAGUGUUCCAUUGCGAAACAUUUUACUACAGUGUUUAGGCGAAUUUGCUCUGGAUAAGUGUCUAAGUAACCUAACUGUAAUGUGCCCUAAUGAAUAGGGCCCUGAUCAGUGUUUUUAUAUCUUGUGUUGCAGUCUGCUGAACCUGUUCGUGUUCUGGUCACCGGCGCUGCUGGGCAGAUUGCCUACUCCUUGCUGUUCGGCAUCGCCAAGGGAGAUGUGUUCGGCAAAGAUCAGGUAAAGAAGGAAGGAAGGAAGAAGCUUUGGCUUGACUUGCAUUACGUAACAUCCCAGCUGAUCCUGUUAGGGGUUGUCGAGUGUGUGUCUGAAAUGGCACCCUAUUCCCUAUAUAGUGCACUACUUACCCUAUUUGCCCUGGUCAAAAGGAGUGCACUAUAUAGGGAAUAGGGUGCCAUGUCAGAUACCCCGUGUCAUCAUGACUGAUGGGCAACAUGCAGUGCCACACACUCACCCCUCAAAGUCACAGGUUGUGGGGUCGUAUCUGAAUUGAGUCACAACCUGCAGAAGCUUCACUCAAGGCUUUAGUGUCCUUGAAUUGCCUGAAAUUGAACCACUAGCAUACAGCCUACCGGUAGCAUAGGCUUAACACUGUCCCUUCAAGUAGUCCUAACAAUCAGUGUUGUCAAUGUAGUAAUCAUAUGAACCAUAUACAUCUGUUCAGUUAUCAAUCUACCAGCCAGUAGGUCAAUGGAAAGAUCAAUACAUCCUACUCUCAUUGGUUAUCUACUCUUGUCAUUUCAUGGUCUCUCCUAUCAGCCAAUCUCCCUGAUCUUGCUGGACAUCUCCCCCAUGUUGCCAGUCUUGGAUGGAGUGGUCAUGGAGCUGCAGGACUGUGCCCUCCCACUCCUGAGAGGUAAACCAUGGGGGGGCAUAUUCUGACUGGAUUGGGGGAGGGUCGAGGGCAUAUUCUGACUGGAUUGCGGGAGGGCCGAGGGCAUAUUCUGACUGGAUUGGGGGUGGGCCGAGGGCAUAUUCUGACUGGAUUGGGGGAGGGCCGAGGGCAUAUUCUGACUGGAUUGGGGGAGGGCCGAGGGCAUAUUCUGACUGGAUUGGGGGAGGGCCGAGGGCAUAUUCUGACUGGAUUGGGGGAGGGCCGAGGGCAUAUUCUGACUGGAUUGGGGGAGGGCCGAGGGCAUAUUCUGACUGGAUUGGGGGAGGGCCGAGGGCAUAUUCUGACUGGAUUGGGGGAGGGCCGAGGGCAUAUUCUGACUGGGGGGAUGGGGAUUCGUUUCUGUAAAUCAUCCUUUUUUCAAAAUUUGAAAAUGAACCAUGAGCAGGGUGACAGCUGGACCUGGGUCAGAAUGAACCAUGAGCAUCCAGACCUGGGGCAAAUAACAUGUCAAAUACUUCAGCUGUGUUUGAUUGACUUUGCCCAGUACAAUGCAGUGUUUCCCUUAUAUUCGUUGCUGCCACUCCAAAGAUAUGAUGAAAACAAUUAGGAUGAUAGAAUGUUUUCAGUGUGAACUUGAAUGACUAAAACCAAACAUUAAGGAUGUAGAGAAGUUCUCAGUCCCAUGGCAAAAUGUGUACAAUUGCAGGAAAUUAGCUUUAAAACAUAAAAAUGUUGUCUCUGUGGCCAAGAGGACGGCCUCUAAAAUGUCAGGUCGUUGGCCACGCCCACUACCACUGAAAUGGAAGGAAGCCGGUUUCCUGGUUGGACCGCCGGGCCUUCUCUCUUUGUCCCGUUACAGUAACCAAUGUCUGUGUCACAAAUGGGACCCUAUUCCGUAUAUCCCUCAAACUCAACUCUGGACCUUGAAGCCAGUUCCAUUGCGUUUUUAAAUUGUUCCCCUCUAACCAGGGACUGAUUUUAGACUUGGGAGACCAGGUGGGUGCAAUUAAUUAUCAAGUAGAACAGAAAACCAGCAGGCUCCGGACCUCGUAGGGUCAGAGUUGACUACUCCUACCCUAUAUAGUGCACUACUUUCUUUUUUUUAACCCUAUGGGCUGUCCUAUGGACACUGGUCAAUAGUAGUGCACUAUAUAGGGAAUGGGGUGCCAUUUGGAAUACAAAUGACAUGGCUUUAGUUGUGAGGCACCAGUAGUAUCUCCAAUCUCCAUUGUGACCUGGUAUUUUUCUGUUGUCAACGGUGGUGUCCUUGCUUUGUUCUCACCUCUGCUGUGAGGCCCCAGUAUUAACGCUCAGUGCUGCAAAGACAAUGUUCAAUGUGGGGAGGAGGGUGUCUAUAGUGAUAUGACCCGUGUCCAAACCAGACCUGGGUUCAAGCACUAUUUAAAACCGUUAAAAUACUUGUAGUGCGUUUGCCAGAUCGGUGGGAUUUGCAGAAUCGCCAGAAUCUCGCAGAAAUCCCUUUUAAAGCUGUUAACUGGCAACAGUCAGUCUGUCCCACAGACAACAGUAGCAUAACACAGUAAUCAAUAUAGGCUGUGGUAAAGCUGACAUAAAAGCAACAACUGUGAGUGACUGAGCUGAUGAGAAUGUAAGGUGUGUUGGGACAAGAUGGGAAUUAACACAGGGAAAACCACACUGAGACAAUGUACAGCAGAACGCCAUGGGCAAACGCAUGCAAGCCUCUGUUUCUUCAAAGAGGCUACUUUCAUUGUCACGCCUGAAGGAUUUAGCCUAAUAAAGCACUCCUUAAAAAAGCGAUUUGCUGCUGUCCUGGAUCAUGUUAAUUAGACAACACCAUAGUAAAACCUUUCACAAUGUUGUGCACCAAAAAUGAAAAGUAGUCUUUUGUUAUCCUCCCUGUUUCAGUCUGUUGUCUUCCAUGUGGUGCCCAUUGAACCAACCAACCCUGGUCUGUUGUCUUCCAUGUGGUGCCCAUUGAACCAACCAACCCUGGUCUGUUGUCUUCCAUGUGGUGCCCAUUGAACCAACCAACCCUGGUCUGUUGUCUUCCAUGUGGUGCCCAUUGAACCAACCAACCCUGGUCUGUUGUCUUCCAUGUGGUGCCCAUUGAACCAACCAACCCUGGUCUGUUGUCUUCCAUGUGGUGCCCAUUGAACCAACCAACCCUGGUCUGUUGUCUUCCAUGUGGUGCCCAUUGAACCAACCCACCCUGGUCUGUUGUCUUCCAUGUGGUGCCCAUUGAACCAACCCACCCUGGUCUGUUGUAUUUUAUUAGUCUACAGAGGUCAUUCCCACAGACAAGGGAAAAAAAACUACAAGUGUCUUAAAGGACACAUGUCCAGAUAGUCCCUCCCCUUUCACGCUUGUUUCUGACCGUUUUUCUUCCAUUUGGUACCGAAUGAACAAGCCCUUGUUUAUUCCAUCUGUUUUCAGAGGUCAUCCCCACGGACAAGGAGGACGUUGCCUUCAAGGACCUGGACGCUGCCAUCCUGGUGGGCUCCAUGCCCAGGAGAGAGGGUAUGGAGAGGAAGGAUCUGCUCAAGGCUAACGUGGCCAUCUUCAAGAGCCAGGGGGCCGCACUGGAGAAGUACGCCAAGAAGACUGUCAAGGUGAGAUGAUACAGGGUUUGUCGUCUGUGUAACUGUCAGCGUCCCGAAAUGUCUACGCAGACUCGCCGUCUGUCAAUACUAGCAGGUACCAUCCGUUUGUGAUAUAGUGGAAGCCAUGUGUCCUUAGACUUAGAGAGGACUCAUGAGACGCUGCACCUCAGACCUGUUGAAAUUCACACUUCACCACGUGUUGGGCGCUUAUGCCCUAUGGAAAAACUGGCCUGGAAUGCCGUUGUGUGUGUGAGCGUUGUGUGAGAGUGUGUGUGUGUUUGCAAGCAUGUGUGUUUUGAUUUUAAAAUCUAGCUGCUCACAUGUCUUAACACUAUAUCCCACCCCUCCGGUCUGCUUCGGUAUAGAAGCCUCACAUUGUAUCCACCCUGGCUUGGUUCCAUCCCAGGAGUUGGUCUGCUUCGGUCUAGAAGCCUCACAUUGUAUCCACCCUGGCUUGGUUCCAUCGCAGGGAGACAUUCUGAUUCUCUACUGCUCCCCAAGUGUGCACUUGUAUACUUCCCUUCAUGGAUUUACAAAAGAAAUGGACUGGUGUUCGGAAUAUGGUGGAAACCUAUAGAAUUAGGAAUUAUAAUAUUAGUAAUUUUAAUAGGGUCUCUAUGGUGGAAACUCCCUCCAGCCAUGCUUACACCAAUACCAAUGCUUUUAAAUGCAUGAUGGGGCGUGAAUGAGGGCACACUUCAAGACAAUAGGAACUCCGCCAAGGACUGGAAUGUCCCGACUAGUGCCAGUAGAACUGUGGGUGUGUUGUGAGGAGGGCUCUUGGCCUCAGAUACUGAUCUAGCAACAGGUGUUGGGGACUGUCAGACUGACGGUGUGCGUGUGUGUUAGAGAGCGUGACUGCGUGCAUGUGUGUGUGCUGGCACUUGUCAUUUCUCCCGACUGCAUUCUUCCUUAAGUGACCUUGUUACAAAGACCUUGUUACAAAUGCGACGGCGCACAAAUGGCCCAGCGUCGUCCAGGGUAGGGGAGGGAAUGGCCGGCAGGGAUGUAGCUCAGUUGGUAGAGCAUGGCGUUUGCAACGCUAGGGUUGUGGGUUCUUUUCCCACGGGGGGCCAGUAUGAAAAAAAUAUGAAAAAAAUAAAUAAUGAAUGCACUCACUAUCUGUAAGUCGCUCUGGAUAAGAGCGUCUGCUAAAUGACUAAAAUGUAAAAUACAAAAACUUGACUUGUCUUCAGGCUGCCGUGACAGUCGGGCAGCAAGGUUGACGCUGCCGUGAUAGAACGUCAGGCAGCAAGGCUUUGGAAUUUUCCAUUACUCACACAAGGCCCAAGUUACAAAUGUUAAAGUUCAAGUAAUUUUUCUUUUUAAACUACAUGGUGGUCAUAGAUACUGAAAUAAAAUGAUAUAUUGCAUUUCUAAAUAGACAAACAUUUAAGUUAAAAUAAAGGUGCAAACUAUGACCUAUUUGUUACAUUCGCAACAAUAUGUACAAUGUAUAUGCCCUCUUAGUCUCAAAUUGCCUUACUUCAACGUCCCCAUCACUCUGCUGUUAAGAGAUGUUUUUUUGCAUGGUCUGCAUCUCAAUCCACCGCAUCCUCCUAUGGCAGUCUUCCGCAUCUGCGGUGGAAGGUGGCUGAGCGACAGUGGUGUUUGUCAGACCAUGAGACAUCCCGAUAAUCGGUCUUCUCACGAAGGCAUACAUGCAUACAUACAUACAGUACCAGUCAAAAGGUUGGAAACCGUUGCUCAUUAAAGGGUUUUUAUUUUUUACUAUUUUCUACAUUGUAGAAUAAUAGUGAAGACCUCAAAACUAUGAAAUUACACAUAUGGAAUCAUGUAGUAACCAAAAAAGUGUUAAACAAAUCCAAAUAUAUAUUUUAUAUUUGAGAUUUUUCAAAGUAGCCACCCUUUGCCUUGAUGACAGCUUUGCACACUCUUGUCAUGCUCUCAACCAGCUUCAUGAGGUAGUCACCUGGAAUGCUUUUCCAACAGUCUUGAAGGAGUUCCCACAUAUGCUGAGCACUUGUUGGCUGCUUUUCCUUCACUCUGCCAUCCAACUCAUCCCAAAUCAUCUCAAUUUGGUUGAGGUCGGGUGAUUGUGGAGGCCAGGUCAUCUGAUGCAGCACUCCAUCACUCUCCUUCUUGGUCAAAUAGCCUGGAGGUGUGUUGGGUCAUUGUCCUGUUGAAAAACGAAUGAUAGUCCCACUAAACGCAAACCAGAUGGGAUGGCGUAUUGUUGCAGAAUGCUGUGGUAGCCAUGCUGGUUAAGUGUGCCUUGAAUUCUAAAUAAAUCACAGACAGUAUCACCAGCAAAGCACCAUCACACCACCUCCUCCAUGCUUCACAGUGGGAACCACACAUGCGGAGAUCAUCCGUUCACCUACUCUGCGUCUCACAAAAACACGGCGGUUGGAACCAAAAAUCUCACAUUUGGACUCAUCAGACCAAAGGACCGAUUUCCACUGGUCUAAUGUCCAGUGCUCGUGUUUCUUGGCCCAAGCAAGUCUCUUCUUAUUGAUGUCCUUUAGUAGUGGUUUCUUUGCAGCAAUUCAACCAUGAAGGCCUGAUUCACCCAGUCUCCUCUGAACAGUUGAUGUUGAGAUGUCUGUUACUUAACUCUGUGAAGCAUUUAUUUGGGCUGCAAUCUGAGGUGCAGUUAACUCUAAUGAACUUAUACUCUGCAGCAGAGGUAACUCUGGGUCUUCAUUUCCUGUGGCGGUCCUCAUGAGAGCCAGUUUCAUCAUAGCGCUUGAAUGUUUUUGCGACUGCACUUAAAGAAACUUUCAAAGUUCUUAAUUUUCCGCAUUGACUGACCUUCAUGUCUUAUGAUGGACUGUUGUUUCUCUUUGCUUAUUUGAGCUGUUCUUGCCAUAAUAUGGACUUGGUCUUUUGCCAAAUAGGGCUAUCUUCUGUAUACCACCCCUACCUUGUCACAACACAACUGAUUGGCUCAAACUCAUUAAGAAGGAAAGCAAUUCCACAAAUUAACUUUUAACAAGGCACACCUGUUAAUUGAAUGCAUUCCAGGUGACUACAUCAUGAAGCUGGUUGAGAUUUUGUUUUCAUAGUUUUGAUGUCUUCACUAUUAUUCUACAAUGUAGAAAAUAGUAAAAAUAAAAACCUUAUAAUGAGUAGGUGCCAUCUUUUGACUGGUACUGUACAUGACACACUUCACCCUUAUUCCUUAUGAUUAAUUUUGACUCUUUUUUUUUUCCAUUUAUGAAUGUUAUUCAAUGCGAUUUGGUAGUAAAGACAAUUUAAAAAUGUAUCAAUUAAAAAAAAAAUAUAUAUAUAUAUAUAUACAUACAUACAUACAGUGGGGGGAAAAGUAUUUAGUCAGCCACCAAUUGUGCAAGUUCUCCCACUAAAAAAGAUGAGGCCUGUAAUUUUCAUCAUAGGAAACACGUCAACUAUGACAGACAAUUGAGAAAAAAAUUUCCAGAAAAUCACAUGUAGGAUUUUAAUGAAUUUAUUUGAAAAUUAUGGUGGAAAAUAAGUAUUUGGUCACCUACAAACAAGCAAGAUUUCUGGCUCUCACAGACCUGUAACUUCUUCUUUAAGAGGCUCCUCUGUCCUCCACUCGUUACCUGUAUUAAUGGCACCUGUUUGAACUUGUUAUCAGUAUAAAAGACACCUGUCCACAACCUCAAACAGUCACACUCCAAACUCCACUAUGGCCAAGACCAACGAGCUGUCAAAGGACACCAGAAACAAAAGUGUAGACCUGCACCAGGCUGGGAAGACUGAAUCUGCAAUAGGUAAGCAGCUUGGUUUGAAGAAAUCAACUGUGGGAGCAAUUAUUAGGAAAUGGAAGACAUACAAGACCACUGAUAAUCUCCCUCGAUCUGGGGCUCCACGCAAGAUCUCACCCCGUGGGGUCAAAAUGAUCACAAGAACGGUGAGCAAAAAUCCCAGAACCACACGGGGGGACCUAGUGAAUGACCUGCAGAGAGCUGGGACCAAAGUAACAAAGCCUACCAUCAGUAACACACUACGCCGCCAGGGACUCAAAUCCUGCAGUGCCAGAAGUGUCCCCCUGCUUAAGCCAGUACAUGUCCAGGCCCGUCUGAAGUUUGCUAGAGUGCAUUUGGAUGAUCCAGAAGAGGAUUGGGAGAAUGUCAUAUGGUCAGAUGAAACCAAAAUACUCGUCGUGUUUGGAGGACAAAGAAUGCUGAGUUGCAUCCAAAGAACACCAUACCUACUGUGAAGCAUGGAGGUGGAAACAUCAUGCUUUGGGACUGUUUUUCUGCAAAGGGACCAGGACGACUGAUCCGUGUAAAGAAAAGAAUGAAUGGGGCCAUGUAUCGUGAGAUUUUGAGUGAAAACCUCCUUCCAUCAGCAAGGGCAUUGAAGAUGAAACGUGGCUGGGUCUUUCAGCAUGACAAUGAUCCCAAACACACUGCCCGGGCAACGAAGGAGUGGCUUCGUAAGAAGCAUUUCAAGGUCCUGGAGUGGCCUAGCCAGUCUCCAGAUCUCAACCCCAUAGAAAAUCUUUGGAGGGAGUUGAAAGUCUGUGUUGCCCAGCGACAGCCCCAAAACAUCACUGCUCUAGAGGAGAUCUGCAUGGAGGAAUGGGCCAAAAUACCAGCAACAGUGUGUGAACCUUGUGAAGACUUACAGAAAACGUUUGACCUGUGUCAUUGCCAACAAAGGGUAUAUAACAAAGUAUUGAGAAACUUUUGUUAUUGACCAAAUACUUAUUUUCCACCAUAAUUUGCAAAUAAAUUCAUUAAAAAUCCUACAAUGUGAUUUUCGGGAUAUUUUUUUCUGAUUUUGUCUGUCAUAGUUGACGUGUACCUAUGAUGAAAAUUACAGGCCUCAUCUUUUUAAGUGGGAGAACUUGCACAAUUGGUGGCUGACUAAAUACUUUUUUCCCCCACUGUGUGUGUGUAUAUAUAUAUAUAUAUAUAUAUAUAUAUAUAUAUAUAUUUUGUAUACCUAAAAUUCUAAAUCGAUUAGCUAAAUUAUCCAUGGUAUGACCAUCUUAAAACAAAUCUAUAGGACUGCUUAUAACCCCCUCGCCCCCAACGUGUUAGACUCUAGAGAAUGAAGUCUCGUCAUCACUGCUGUUUCAGAAUGAACAUUAGGAAGCCUGGAAGCUGAAGCUGAAACUAUUUUUUAGUUUUUUUGUCAUCUUAAUUGAUAUCGUGUGUGUGUGUUUAACAUUGCCUCUCCUUGUUUCGGUCAGGUCCUGGUGGUUGGUAACCCAGCCAACACAAACUGUCUGAUCGCAGCCAAGUCCGCCCCCUCCAUCCCCAAAGAGAACUUCUCCUGCCUUACCCGUCUGGACCACAACCGGGCCCGCUCUCAGGUACCUAUGUGUGGAGAAGAGUGGUUGUUUUGUACCUUUUUGAUUGAACCCCUGAAUUAAUAUUGUUAGUCCAAUCCCUCAUGAUGACGGAGUCUGUCUGUACUUUACCUGUAGUGGGUGUUUUGAGUUUCAUUAGGGACAGAUAAAGUGGGUGUGGAUUAUCUUAAUAGAUGGUAAUGUCAUCCUUACGAAGCUCUCUCCUCUCUCUACCCCAGGUUGCGAUGCGCUGCGGCGUGCCAGCCACCCAAGUGAAGAACGUGAUCAUCUGGGGCAACCACUCGUCCACCCAGUACCCUGACGUCCACCACUGCAAGGUAAUAUAUAAUUUGUCACAAUGUUAUGUAAUAAUAAAUAAUAUAUAUAAAGUAGUAUUAUACAUUUUUACAUUUUAGUCAUUUAGCAGACGCUCUUAUCCAGAGCGACUUUCACUCAACUUCUGGCAUUGCUUCACUUUCAAGUGCUCUGAAACAUUUUUAAAACCAAAGUGCACACAGUCAUCUUUUACACAUUUUCAAAACCGGAAAUGGCACAAUAAAAUAAAUAAAAAGGCAACAUAACGGUUGUCAGGAUAGUGAAAUACUUCAACUAGAGGUCUGCGUUCAUUUUUUAAAAAGAUGGCUCAGUAAUCUGAGGAAGAGAGAAGAUGGACACACCAGUUAUACCGUUGAUCAUAGACCAUUGAUUGUUGUUAACAUGUCAUAUCAUCACUCUUCUAAAACAUGACACCACUGCAAGGCAGUAGUGAAUAGUAUAUCAUGUAUAAUAUUACUUAACAACAUGUAAUAAUAGUUAUUUUACUACUCCAAGGUCAACAUGGCGGGCAGCGACCUGGCCUGCUUCGAUGCUGUGAAAGACGACGACUGGCUCAAAGGGUCCUUCAUCUCUGUGAGUUUAACUCUACUGUAAAACUCAUUUUCAUCUGGCUGUGUGAUUUUAAACUUUAGCUCCCCCCACCCCCCCUCCGCGUUGGUCUCUGUCAGUUUGUCUUAAACAGAUGCCUCGGAUUUAAUCUCCUCGUCUUUCUCAAAACGCAUUGGAGACGGUCCAAGGGAAAGGAACCUCUGACCUUCUCCAUGUGCUUUGAUAAGGAGAUUGGAAUCCUGGAAAAAUGAAUUGAGACAGCUGUUGUGUUUGAAGGAAGACUACUGGAGUGGGGAUGAGGCAUUUUCUAAGGCAUCUCUCUUCCUCUACUCUCCCUCUCCUCUUCCCCCCCUCAGACAGUGCAGCAGAGAGGUGCUGCGGUUAUCGCAGCCAGGAAGCUGUCCAGUGCCAUGUCUGCAGCCAAGGCUAUCUGUGACCACAUGAGGGACAUCUGGUCAGGCACUCCUGAGGUCAGCUAAGAGGGGUCCUUACGGGAUGGGACAAUUCUGUGGCCUUAGAUACAGAUUUAGGAUUAGUUUACCCUUCCCAGGUCUUCAUCAAUAUUUGUUUUAAUUGACUCAUAAUCUAUAUGGCACUCUGCUAUUUACAGUAUGUAUGGCUGUAUCCUAAUUCUCCACCCUUCUCCCAGUGUGCACUUGCACACUUCCAGACAGUCAUGGAUUAAAAAGCAAUGGAAUUGUGUUAUAAUUGGCUAUAGGGAGUUUCCACCAUUGUUAAAUCCAUGAGAUGUCUGCAGUUGCACACUUUGGGAAGAGGGUGGAGAAUCGUGUUGCAGCCUGUCUUUCUGUUAAUGGUUCCUGAACGCAGCCUGUCUUUGUGUUUUAAUGGUUCCUGAACGCAGCGUGGAGCAGCCUGUCUUUGGGUUAAUGGUUUCUGAACGCAGCGUGGAGCAGCCUGUCUUUGGGUUAAUGGUUCCUGAAUGCAGCGUGGAGCAGCCUGUCUUUGGGUUAAUGGUUCCUGAAUGCAGCGUGGAGCAGCCUGUCUUUGGGUUAAUGGUUCCUGAAUGCAGCCUGUCUUUGGGUUAAUGGUUCCUGAAUGCAGCCUGUCUUUGGGUUAAUGGUUCCUGAAUGCAGCCUGUCUUUGGGUUCAUGGUUCCUGAAUGCAGCCUGUCUUUGGGUUAAUGGUUCCUGAACACAGUGUGGAACAGCCUGUCUUUGUUAAUGGUUUCUGAACGCAGCCUGUCUUUGUGUUAAUGGUUCCUGAACACAGCCCUAACCUCUGUCCUCUUGUUUGCAGGGAGAGUUUGUCUCCAUGGGUGUCUACUCCAGCGGUAACUCCUAUGGAGUCUCCGAAGACCUCAUCUACUCAUUCCCUGUUUACAUCAAGGUGAGACAAUCUGACACUCUGCUCUCUACACUCCUCCAUACUAAGACUGCAUUUACACAGGCAGCCCAAUUCUGCUCUUUUGACCAAUUAUUGGCGGAAGAUCUUAUCUUAUUGGUCGAAAGACCAAUAAUUGGGCAAAAGAUCGGAAUUGGGCUGCCUGUGUAAAUGCAGUCUCAGCUCUCUUCACCACUAAACCAGAGAAAUAUCUGCUUCUAUAAACUGAUGCUCUAGUCUACGACAAACUGGAUCUGUUGCAGUGGGAAGUUGAUCACUUUGGCCUAUUAUUCAAUAUUAUUUUUCUCCCGUCUUCGUUUCCUCAGGACAAGCAGUGGAAGAUUGUGGACGGGCUGGCCAUCAACGACUUCUCCCGAGGCAAGAUGGACGCCACGGCAGUUGAGCUGGUGGAGGAGAGAGACACCGCCGUCACCUUCCUCAGCGCUUGACUACACUCCCAGCCACGGCAACCAACCCGGCAACAGCACUUGGACACACAACCCACACCUCCAGACUCACGUCUGUGAUGCCGCAUUCACGUGCUACUCGGAACUUAGGAGACUGGAAUAUCCAACUUGGAAGUUCCGUAUGAACGGUUUAACUUUAUACGCUUUACAGCAGUUCUUUAGACCUGAUUUUUUUGAGUUUCUGGUAAUUCUGAUAGCACAUGAACAUGGCAUUAUACAGUCCCUGUUGCAGCUCUGUGUGUGUCUAAAAUGGUUUAAUGUUACACACAUCUGAACAGGUUAUCCCUGUUUGGAUGGUUACCAUGCUUACCAUGGAAUGGAGGAAUGUUAUGGGUAGUUGAUGCACUAGUAGUUACUAUGACGAUCAUUGUUAAAUGGUUAAUUGUUGCUCAGUCGAGAACAAUAAAACCAGUAAAUGAUGUAUAGUCCUUAUUUUGUUUCUAGAUUUAACUUAAUAUUUUUUGGUUGUGAAAUAAGUAUUGGUUAAAUAAUCAUCACUAACUUCGUAAAACAUUUUAACUAUUUGACAUUUUCCCAUUUUAAAUGAUGAUAUUCUACUAUUUAUCUGAAUGUAAUCCAACUAUUUAUUACAGAAGCAUGUGGUUGUUAUGUCAUAGUCCUGCCGCUGGGGUGCAGCACAUUCUAAUCUGUAAAUCCCAGGACAGUAAAAUGUAUGACGUCAAUUGUUUCAAACCUCUGAAUAAUCUGAGAAUCUGCCUGGACUCUCACUCCUGAUGAAACAAUAAAACAUUUAUCCUCAACUGAUAA